AUGAUUCCAUUAAAUCAACCACCAGUGACUACUGAAAAUCACAUAAUACGAGGAGACCCAGCAGCACGUAGAUUUGGACUUGUUUUGUUUGGAACAUUAGCUCUUAUUACAAUAGGAGCUGGUCUCGGUAUUGGACUUGGAAAUAUAGCUCAUUACCGUUACUUUAGUCCAUAUACUCAGACGGCGCUUAAUUAUACUCUACUUAGACAGCUAAUAUGA